AUGACAGAUGUGUACUCCUUGGAUGGUAUUCUGGUCUUUGGUUUGCUCUUUGUUUACACCUGUGCCCACUUCAAGAAAGUUCCUCAUCUCAAAAACUGGCUGCUAUCUAAGAAGGGAGGUUUGGGUGUGUUUUACAAAGGUGCUGUGAUUGGAACCAGGCUGCAUGGGGCAAUCACCUGUAUCAUCAUGGUCUUUUACAUCCUGUUUAUAAAAUGA